CGCAGUGCGCUGGACUGGGAUCGCUGAUUUAGAGUUUGGAGUUUGGACGGUCUCUUGGAGGUUAAAAACGCCGCCAGUUUCAUUGGCCCUGCCUCUCACAGAGCUGUACACACAGCCGCACAUAAGUACGCCGAACGCGUUCGAUUGAUCAGCACAUAUAUAGUGCAUUUAACGCAUAUAAACAAUUGAUGUCAUUAAUCGUAACUUGUAGUGGACAAAGUGUGCAAGUGAACUGAGUGUGUUUAGACGCAUAAAAAUCUUGGACAAAAACGUUGAGCUUCGUACUCAUUCGAAUUAUCGAUAUCCGCAGAGUUCGAUACACCAGACAGAAUGGUGGUUUUGGGCGAAUUUUUGACCCCAGAAGAGGGUAUACUUCACGAAGAAAAAGACACGACUGUUUACGUUAACCAGAAAGAAGUCGGCAAAGGAACACUAUACAUUACGGAAAAUGUAUUGUCAUGGGUGAAUACUGAUACGAGACAAGGCUUUUCAUUGGAAUAUCCUCAUAUAUCAAUUCACGCGAUCUCGAGAGACGAAAGAGCUCAUCCUAGACAGUGUCUUUACAUUAUGGUCGAUGCCAAAGUACACUUCCCAGAAUCCUUAGGUUUAGAUUUUAAUAACGAUAAUAAUAGAAGCAACAAUACAACCGGUUCUAACGACGAAGACGACGAUGAUGAUGAUGACGACGAUGAGGAUUCGGAAGCUCCAAUUACCGAAAUGAGAUUUGCGCCUGAUAACACGAAUAAUUUGGAUGCCAUGUUUCAAGCUAUGAAUCAGUGUCAAGCACUGCAUCCCGAUCCACAAGAUAGUUUUUCAGAUGCUGAAGAUGAUAUCUACGAAGAUGCUGAAGCAGAUGAUUUUGAAUAUUAUGAUGGCGGUGCUCUACCAUACAUUGUCCCUGGAGGAGAACAAGUGGAAGCGAGUCAUAAUGGUGGAACAGAAGGAGGCGAGGCAAUGGAUAUUGAAGCUGGCCAAUUUGAAGAUGCAGAAGAAGAUCCAUGAAGACAUGAACAAAAUUCCAAUUUGCUUGUAUUUAAUUGCAUUUAGUUUUUAAUCCUAUUUUGCGUUACUUGUUUCACGCAUAGUCAUGUAGAAGUGGCAAAAUUCAAUAUUAUACAGGCACAAAAGAUGUAACAAGUUUUUAUUUUAGAAUCAUUAACAUUUAUUUAUAAUUUAUUUUGUACAUGAUUAUCUUAAUAAGAUAAAGUAACCAAAAAAAGAAA